UAACUCCGUGGGCACUCUCAGUUCAAGCCACGCAGUUCUGCAGGCUCCAAAAUAAAAAUAAAUAAAUACAAAAAAUACGUGGAAUUCAGUGGAGCAGGAGUUGUUGGAGAUGAAGACACAUUUGAACUUUUUCUGCCGGACUUGGAUUGGAAUUGCUUACGCUUCAGGUCUCGUUAUCGGCUUUUCUAUGACUCCACCCAUUCUUGACAACUCCAGAGAUGACCUUGUAAUUCCGGUGAACCAAACACUCACUAUCACAUGCAGGGGGCAACACACUCUAACUUGGGCCUGGCCUGACCAGACUCUGGUAGGACAGGAGCUAAGUGAGCGUCAGGCCCAGACGCCCUCAACAAGGUUCCCCGGGGAGAGGGCAGUCCUGGUCAGUGAGUGUCCGGGCCAGCGUGGGAGACCAUAUUGCAAGAGACUGAUACUGAACCGAGCUAACGCCCAGGACACAGGCCGCUAUCUCUGUUACUACCAGGAUGUGAAGGCCAUUAUUGACGGCACCACAGCUGUUAGCAUAUACGUCUUUGUAAGAGACCCCGAGCAUCCCUUCCUCAGGAGGAACAGCAACAGCAAUAACCUGGAGACCAUUUUUAUCACACGCUAUUCCACGCACAUCAUCGUACCGUGUCUGGUCACGGUGCCCGACCUCAAUGUCACACUUUACGCGUAUCCCAAACCUCUGGACAAGAACGGACUGACGUGGGAUAACAAGAGAGGCUGGUCCAUUCCCAGGCACAUCAUCGACAGCGAUCCAAUGCUCAUUGGCCUCGCAUGUGUCGCCAGCAUCGAAGGCAAAGAAUAUCAGUCAGCGAACUACUUGAUCCACACUACAGGAAGUCAGGUUUACGAUGUCAAGCUGUUUCCCGAAGAGCCCACGGAGCUGAUAGUGGGGGAGCCCCUUAGCAUGAACUGCACGGCACAGGUGGAGUUUGACGCUGCGGUGACAAUAGGGUGGUCCUACCCGGGCAAACAGACCAACAACUCAGUAGACAUUAAAUUCCAUCGAGAAUCUCUGUCUCACAUCACAGAGGCGGUCAGCAUCCUGACCAUCCAGAGCACCGCUGUUACAGACACAGGGCCAUAUACCUGCAACGUCACCAGCAUGGACUCCACGCAGACCCAAACAAUGCAGGUCAUAGUUCACGAAAAGCCAUUUAUAAACCUGGACUACAGAAGUGGAUCAGUGGUGGAGGUAACAUCUGGCCAGAAGUCCUUCAAAUUACAUGUAAACGUCUCAGCAUUCCCUACGCCUGAAGCACGAUGGUACAAAGACGGAAAGCUGAUUACCGAGCGGCCUGAGUUCAAGAUGAAGCGUAUGAGGAUUCACCUCAACCACGCCUUGGAGAUUAGGGAUGUUAGUCCUAAAGAUGCCGGCUUCUACUCGCUGGUGCUGAAAAAUGGUGCAGCUGCUCUGGAGAGGAGACUCAACAUCACGCUGGUUGUCAAUGUUUCCCCACAGAUAAAUGAAAAAGAAGUGGCAGAACCGUCCAGCCCUUAUCCCAGCGGCAGCACCCAGACGCUAACAUGCACGGCAUAUGGUCUCCCGGCACCCACCAUCAGGUGGCAGUGGAGGGGCUGGGGCCCGUGUGUUCUCAACAACACCCACAGCGGAGGGAACCGGCCAGACAGGAAUGCCCGCGUUGACAUUAUCCACGACUGUCAGGACUGGCAGGACAUUGGCUUGGACAAGGCCGUGAAUGAAAUGGAGGCAGUUGGGACAUCAGUUGAACUGGUGGAUGGACGACAAAAGACUGUGAGCCGGCUGCAGAUUCGCAACGCCAGCGUUUCGCUGCUGUACAAAUGCUCUGCAGAGAACAAAGUGGGCAAAGACGAGCGGCUGAUUUACUUCUAUGUAACCACCAUCCCUGAGGGGUUCAGCGUGGAUGUGCAUCCAUCUGAGAAUCCCCUGGAGCAGGAGACGGCGUCUUUAAGCUGCAGUGCAGAUAACUACACCUAUGAGCAGCUGCGUUGGUACCGCCUGGACCCCCUGGCCCUGCAGGGCAAGCCCCAGGAGCUGGACUGCAGAAGCGUGCACCUCUACGCCGUCGGCCUUGACGGACAGCUCUCCUUCCAGGAGCCGUCCAACAGCUGGGUCCUGGACUUCACCAUCCCCGCCAUACAGCUGCAGGACGAGGGUCACUACGUGUGCGAGGCUCAGAGCAGACGGAGCGGCGAGAAGCACUGUCUGUUCCGAUAUAUGUCUGUGAAAGGCUUGGAGGCGCCUCGGUACAAGCGCAGCCUCACCAACCAGACUGUGAAUGUGACGGAAUCGCUGCGCAUGGAGUGCGAGGUGGAGGGAAGGCCUCUGCCCCGCCUCACCUGGUUCAAAGACAACCAGCCGCUCCACCAAAUGUCAGGGAUCCAGCUGCAGGAUUCGAACCGCACGCUGAGCAUCCAGCGAGUUCGAGAGGAGGAUGCCGGCCUUUACACCUGCACCGCCUGCAACCUGCGUGGCUGUGUGCACUCAACGGCGACCCUCCGGGUCAUUGGUUCGAGCGACAAGGCCAGCGUGGAGAUCGUAAUACUCAUCGGGACCGGAGUCAUCGCGAUCUUCUUCUGGGCCUUACUCAUCCUCAUAUUCUGCAACGUCAAACGGAUUAACCCCGCCGACAUCAAGACGGGAUAUCUGUCAAUCAUCAUGGACCCUGGCGUGGUGCCCGUGGACGAGCAGUGCGAAUACCUGCCCUACGACUCCUCCCAGUGGGAAAUCCCUCGAGAUCGACUCCGACUGGGGAAGGUUUUAGGCCACGGCGCCUUCGGGAAGGUAAUAGAGGCAUCCAUCUACGGCAUCAGCAAGAACAUACGUCCGGACACGGUGGCUGUCAAGAUGUUGAAAGAGGGAGCCACAGCCAGCGAGCAUAAGGCCUUAAUGUCCGAGUUAAAGAUCCUCAUCCACAUCGGCAACCAUCUGAACGUCGUCAACCUGCUCGGAGCUUGCACCAAAGCAAAUGGCCCACUGAUGGUGAUCGUGGAAUUCUGCAAGUAUGGGAAUCUAUCCAACUUCCUGCGGGCAAAAAGAGAGUUCUUCCUCCCGUAUCGGGAUCGCUCUCCCAAAACUCAGAGCCAGGUGAGACGGAUGAUGGAAGCCGGCCAAAUGGACCAAAGAGCUGGCGUCCAGCACGCCCCUUCCUCGCCGUCCCCCUCCCCGCUCAUGCAGGGUCUCCACACGCCAUCUUCCGACACACCCAAUCCGGAGAAAUUGGAGGAUUUGUGGAAAACGCCUUUGACCAUAGAAGAUCUCAUUUGCUACAGUUUCCAAGUGGCUCGUGGGAUGGAGUUCCUGGCAUCCAGAAAGUGUAUCCACAGAGACCUGGCGGCGCGCAACAUUCUGCUGUCAGAGAACAACGUGGUGAAGAUCUGCGACUUCGGCCUGGCCCGGGACAUAUACAAAGACCCCGACUACGUCAGGAAAGGCAACGCCCGACUGCCCUUGAAGUGGAUGGCGCCUGAGAGUAUCUUCGACAAAGUCUACACCAGCCAGAGUGAUGUGUGGUCCUUCGGAGUGCUCCUCUGGGAAAUAUUUUCACUGGGUGCAUCUCCCUACCCGGGAGUGCAGAUUGAUGAAGACUUUUGCAAACGAUUAAAGGACGGGGUCAGGAUGAGAUCGCCCGAGACAGCGUCCCCCGAAAUAUAUGGCAUCAUGUUGGCGUGCUGGCAUGGGGAGCCCAAGGAGAGGCCCACCUUCCCGGCCCUGGUGCAAAUCCUGGGAGAUCUGCUGCAGGACAACAGUCUACCUGAUGGAAAGGACUACGUCCCCCUGAAUCAGUCGCAGAGCUCAGAGGAUGACGGCUUCUCACAAGCCUCAUCGUGCCCUCAGUCUGAGGAGGAACUGAGGCUCGCCUGCAAGACCCUGCCAACUAGCAGGUAUUAUAACUGCGUGCCCUUUGGCGGCGGUGUGUUUGUGGGACCCUCAAAGACAUGCCAGCCCACAGUGAAGACAUUUGAAGAGCUGCCCUUAGAGAUUCACCCUCAAACGAACACUCAAGAUAACCAGACAGACAGCGGCAUGGUUUUAGCCUCGGAGGAGUUUGAGAGACUUGAGCGCAGGCACAAGGGGGCGCUGUCAAAAAGGCGCAUGAGCAGCAGCAGCAGCACGGAGCCUCUGACCUCCUCCCACGGUUCUCUGGGCCGGAGCUUUGGCGCCACCAACUCCAGACAUUGUCCAAACUUCUUCAGCCAGCUGUCAGGCCAGACCUUCUACAACAACGAGUACGGACACCUGUCCGAGGAGGGCUUCUGCGGCGGCGGCGGCGACUUCUUCUCCCCGCCAAACGCCCCCUGCCUGGCCUCCUCCGACGUGUGACCUUUGCAAUGGGAAGAAGAACAGCUGAGGAAAGUAAAUGGUCAAUAAUCACAAUAAAUGGUGAUCAGGUGGGGAAGAAGUUAACCUGAGUUGCUCUUGUGCGGGACAUUCCUUCAAACAGCCACUGGGUGGCAGCAUUGUGACUUCAAAGCAAACCAAGUAUUUUCUUACCACAUUUGUAUACUGUAUAUUUGUAUCUUUUGUAUUCAAAGUACUUCACUUGUACAACUGUUGCCUCAU